AUGGGAACAUCGUCGCGACGUUCUAAGAAAAGACGUGGCGAUGAUGAGGAUUCCGACGAUGGUCGGCGAAAUAGGGAUCGAAAUCAUUCCAGUUCCAGAUCAAGGUCCCCUUCACCGAAGCCUAAAAAAUCGCGCAGACGCGAAAAAGAAAAGGAAUCCAGUCCACCUCCGAAAGAAGAAUUUGCGGAGUCGCUGUCUAUUGAAGAGACUAACAAGCUUCGUGCGAAAUUGGGAUUAGCUCCACUGGAGAUCAAUGAUGGCCCCAAGUCACGAGAAGCUGAAGAUGGUACAACAGUUCAUGUUGAAGAUGGCUUCGAGUUUCGGCAUAAAAAGCCAGAAAACUGGAGUGAUAAGAAGAAGGAACAGGAGAUGAAAGAAAAGCUUGAAAUAGCAAAAAAGAAGCGUCAAGUUUACGAGCGAGUGUUAACUGCUAAAGGUAUAGCGGACUCCGAUUCUGAAGAAGACGCCGCUGACUGGGUAGCUAAAAUGAGAAAACAAGAAGAAGAAAAGAAGCGCGCUGAAGAAAGAGCUAAAAUGCUUGACGCUAUGGAUGAAGAAUUCGGUGUAAACAGCAUUAUUGCUGAAGAAAAAGCGAAACAAGCCUAA